CGUCGGAUGCUUGGCCUCUUGCCGACCCACUCCCACACCCUCCAGCGUAUCGCAAGAUGGCCGACGCCCCCUUCCACGGCGACGACCCGUUCGGCGCCGACGACGACGUGCCGCUGCGCCCGACCUUCGAGCAGCUCAACGCCCAGCUGCUCGCCCGCGGCUACCUCGCCGCGCCGCUCUCCCUCGCGAAUCUGCCGAGCGCGGCACUCGCGCCGCUAGCAGACGCGAUCCACACGCUGCUCGCCCAGCGGCAGGAGGAUGUCGACCUGAGAGAUGCGCUGGCCACCAGAAACCGCCAGCUCAGCGACAAGCUGGAGCGCUGCGAGCGGCGGGAGCGCGAGGAGAAGGAAGGGCGUGAGAAGGUUGAGCGGGAAAGAGAGCGCGAGAGGGCCCGCGUCGCUGCACUCACUGCCGAGCUGCAACACCAGGGCGGCCAGCUGGCGUCGGCCCGCGCAGACCUCGCGGUCGCACGCCGGUCCGUGCAGAGCAUCAAGGCUGCGGCGGCGUCCCAGCGGCUGGCAUCAGAGCGCGCCGACGUCCGCCUCCGGGCACGCUAUGCUGAGGCCACACUCGCUGCAUCGCGCGGUGUGGCGCCGCAGCUCGCCAUCGUGUCAGCUGCCUUUGCGGCCGGCAGCUCGGAGCCCAGCGCGAGCAUCGGCAGCAUCGUGGCCGACGCCGAGCAGCGCGCAGCCCAGCGCGGCGACGAGAACCGCAUCCUCAAGCGCCUCGCCACCGACUCGCUCAACGCUCUCCGGCGUGCGGCCCACAGUGUGCAUGUUCUGCUGCCCGGCAACGAGGGCCGCCCGCCGCCGCAAGCGCUAGGCACACGAGACGUCUUCCCGCCCAGCCAGAAGCUGCCCACUGUGCUGGACGGCAGUGCUGCGCACCCGGCGACUCGCGCACUAGUCAGUGCGUCUGAGGCCAUCACUGCCGGAGCCGAAGCUCUGCGUCUGGUCCGCGCGUCGGAGGCAUCGACGCAUGCCGCGGCAGUGCGAUCUGCCCGCGACGCGGGAGCAGAGAGCGCCCUGGACGAGUCGGCAAAGGCCAGCAGCGUGCUAGGUGCGAGUGCAGCGUCGGCGCACGCAGCAAGCAUCGGCGCGAGCGGCAUCCUGCGCGUGCGCAGCGACAAGGACGAGCGAGCGGAGCUGCAGGCCAAGCUCGUGCACGCAGUCACACGCCUCGGCGAGGCAGAGACGCGCCUGGCAGCUGCAGCGCAGGCGGAUCCACGCAACAUCGCCAGCAAGCUCGAGGAGCUCGCCGAGCAGGAGGCAGUGCUCCGCCGGCGUCUGGAGAACACGGAGGCCGAGGAGCGCGGCAUCGAGUCCGCCAGGGAGGCGCUCCGCCACGCGCAAGAGGAACUGCGGCGAGAGCGCAUGCAGUUCGCUGAGAGCCGACUUGCUGCCUCCGCCGCGGCCGCUGCUGCGACGCCCGCCAGGCCAGUCGCGCAACUGUUGCCCGCCGUAUCGCCCACUGCAAGCAGCGACCAGCCUCAGACAGUCGUAGCUCUGCUGAGCGCCGAAGGCCCAGCGCCGUCUGGGUUCCACGCGGAGGCAGGCGUCGAGCUCGCUGCGCCGCAAUCGAGCCCCCCGGAGGGCGGGUCCGCCGAGUCGGGUCUCUCGGCGCCUGCAGAGACAUCGUUCGCGGAGGGUAGCGCUUCGACGAAGUCUUCUCCUCAGCUGCGGCGCAGCGCCCGCAACAGCCUCAGCGCGAGAGCAUCUGCCAGCCCAACGCAGCCGGUCCUGCAGUCGGCUUCGUCGCCGCUGCUGGCCGCGCCCUCCUCUGCGACGAGGAAGAGACCGCUCGGUGACGUCGACUCCAGCGAUGCACCCCGCGUCAAGAAGGCUGCUGCUGCGAAGAGCUCGUCUGUCCGCCUGGUACACAGCACUCCAGCCGGCGCCGGACCGCUGCGCUCGAGCCACGCACAGAACGCCUCCGUCCCAGCGGACGCUGCCCAGGGCGCUCUGCGGAAGAGCAAGGGCGAGGAGCGGAAGCCGGUGCGGCGAGUCGCUGAGGCUGCACCUGCUUUUGACCAGAAUGCGGGCAUCUCUGGCGCUGAUGCACGGGCGCGCACCACGAAUGAGGAGCGCGUGCGGCGGGCCCGGGAGCGCGUGCGGGCGCGUGUGGGCGCGCGAUAAGGCCGUCGCAUGGGAUUUCUGCAUGCUCUUUGUACUCUAUACCAGCGAUGUGAUGCUUUCAGUGAUGC